AUGUCGAAGAUCCAAGUGUCAAGUGUGCGAUCGUCCGUCCGUGACCUCCUCCAGGGCUCCGAGGAGAAGAGGCGUAACUUCAACGAGACCGUUGAACUCCAGAUCGGUCUGAAGAACUACGACCCCCAGCGUGACAAGCGUUUCAGUGGUACGGUGCGUCUUCCUCACGUUCCGCGCCCUCGCAUGUCGCUCUGCAUUCUUGCCGACGCUGCCGACGUUGACCGUGCGAAGUUGAUCUCGCUCGACUUCAUGACCGUCGAGGACUUGAAGAAGCUGAACAAGAACAAGAAGCUUGUCAAGAAGCUCGCCAAGAAGUACGACGCUUUCCUCUCGUCCGACGCUCUGAUCAAGCAGAUCCCUCGUCUGCUGGGCCCCGGUCUUUCGAAGGCUGGUAAGUUCCCUUCGCCCGUCUCGCACGCCGAGGACCUUGAGAAGAAGGUGACGGACGUCAAGUCGACUAUCAAGUUCCAGCUGAAGAAGGUGCUUUGCUUGGGUGUGGCCAUCGGUCACGUCCAGAUGACCGAGGACCAGCUGACGUCGAACAUUAUGCUCGCUGUCAACUUCCUCGUCUCGCUGCUGAAGAAGAACUGGCAGAACGUCAAGUCGCUUCACAUCAAGUCGACGAUGGGUAAGCCCCAGCGUCUGUUCUAA